CAGCAUUGAUAUCGAUUAGACCCCGCCUUCUGGGAGGCAAACUAUUGUUGUCAGACUAGGGAAGAGCUUGGCUUUAUUAAACGUGGGGUACAAUUCAUUGGUAGUGGUACGGUAGAAACGCCAAAACUGAACUCCCAAAAAUAUCGGAGGACUUGUGACUGUAUCAGUGUGUGCUAUAUAAUAUAGGCCUCACUUUCAGAGAUUCAUAGAAAUACGUAGAAUUUAUUAAUCAUGAGCGGUAGCUACUUGUGAUAGGAAGAUGUUUCCUACAUCGCUGAUCCGGUGUGUAACAUUCUAUGCCUGACGUAAGGACGGUGUCUGCGGCCAUUGAGCCAGUUAGUGUCUUCAGAGGAUUGUUGUUGGGUGUGGUGCGGCCAGGAGAGUUCUCAAGUCGUUCUGAUGAUAGCACUAUGUACUGUUGUCUUCCAAUGUUAACCGGGUCUUCUUACAAAACCCACACUAGUUCAGAGCAGUCAGUGGCCUCGGUGAGAGCUUCUGUUAUGAUUUACGAUGACCAGAACAAAAAGUGGAUUCCAAGUGGCUCAUCAAGUGGUCUUUCUAAAGUUCAUCUUUAUCAUCAUGUUACUAAUAACACAUUCAGAGUAGUGGGGCGGAAGCUGCAAGAUCAUGAGGUUGUGAUCAACUGUUCCAUCAUAAAAGGGCUGAAAUACAACCAAGCCACUGCUACCUUCCUUCAGUGGAGGGACAGUCGGCAGGUUUAUGGUCUUAAUUUCAGCAGCAAAGAAGAAGCUGAGACUUUCUCAGUUGCCCUACAAAGAGCUUUAGAAAAGCUAAACCAAAAUAAUGUAAGACCACCACCACCACCAACAUCCAUGGUAUAUCAGCAACAACCACAACAGCCUACUUACCACGAGAUUGAACCAUCUGUUCCAGAUGACCAUAGGAUCAGAGAAGAAUCAAUGUUGGAGAAGAAACAAGAACUGAUGCAGUGUAAUAAUAACUCAGGUGUGGAUGGGCAUCAUUCAUCAGCCCCAUCCCAUCAAAAUGGCUAUCAAAAAACUGUGUGUGGACCUCAUGCUUCUGCUAUGCCACUACAAUCUACUGGUCUACCUCCACCUGCUUCUGCUAUGCCAUCACAACCUACUGUUCCACCUCCCCCACCACCACCCCUUCCUGGAUCAAGGGCUCCACCAGUUCCCCCUCCUCCACCAAUGAGUGGGUCCUAUGUUGCCUCAGCACCCCUUCCUCCAUCCAUAAGUGGGUCCCACACUGCCCCAGCCCCUCCUCCUCCACCUAUGAGUGGAGCUUACACUGUACCAGCCCCUCCUCCUCCACCCAUGAGUGGAGCUCAUACUCUUCCCCGUGCAGGUUCAAGUUUGAGUGGUGGAGUUGAAGGCUCCCCUCCUUCUUUGGCAGCUGCACUGAAAGGAACUAGGCUUCAAAAGACUAUUACUAAGGGUUCCGAAGGAGGAGGAAUUGUUGAGCCAACCCACUCAGGUCCUGUUAACCUAAUGGAUGAAAUUACAAAGACUCUAGCCAGAAGGAGAGCCCAUGUACAAAAUCAUCACACCAGUCAAAAUGAAGAAAGAGAGACAUCUGGAUCUACUAGUGAGAAUAAAAAGUCAAAAGACAAACUAAGUUCAGCAAAUGGCAACAGUCCAAGUAAAGGAGCAGGGUCAGUGUCACCCAAAUUGAAAUGCAGAUCAAGACCAGAGUCAUCUAAUGAUGGUGAAUUAACAAAAACCAAUGGUUUGGAAAGCUAUGAUAUCGAAAGAAUGAAACAGGAAAUUGUGUUUGAAGUCAAAAAAGAAAUAAACAAAGCCAAACAGGACAUUAUAGAAACAAUCAGACUAGAACUGAGCCGAAGAUAAUUUUCUCCACAUUGAAACAAACAUGCAUUAUGUUUAAUGAAAGGUGGAACUAUCUUGUGAUAGGUUUGUUUCAAUAAGCAAAAUUUUUUGAUGUGGUUUAUGUCAGCCCACAUCUAAUGCUCUAUUAUGUACAUGAGCUUAUAAUCCAAAAACUGGUUGUGUUGAUCUUUCAAAUAUAUUGACAUUUUAAACUCGUUGUAGUUUAAGAUUAUUCAAACUUUUAUUUAUUCCUUAAUAUAUACAUUCAAUGAAGUGGUUGCUCUUGUGAAAGUUCAUUUUAUAACAAUUAAUGUAUCUUUAAUAUUUUGUUACGCGAUAAGAAAAAAAUGUAUAUUUUCAUUAUGUAUCAACAGAACUUUUUUGUGCCUACUGUGAUGAAAUGAAGAUUGAUAAGCAUUUGUUUUUAUACAUACAUUUUAAAUGGCCUAAAUACAAUUAUCAUUUAAUUUUGAAAACAAUGUCUAGCAAAAGAAUUUUAGAUGGUGUUACCUCUUUAAUUUCUUGAUUUAUUUUCAGUCGAUGAUUAUUAUCAGUGACCAAACAAGAAUUUACUAUAAAAUCACAAAAGCAGAAAUGUUGCACAUUUCAUUUCCAAUUAUAUAUUAACUGCAGUUUUUGCUCUUGCUGGUGAACAAAAUUUUGAAAAUUAGAUUUCUUCCAUAUGGUAAAUGCAUCGACUAAUUCCAGGUUAUUGUUGACUGGAGUUGCAAUGAUCAGCGUUUUUUUAACAUUCCAUUAUUGUAUACAUUAAAAAAAAAAGGUUUAAGAACUGCAAGUUCAGUAGCUGUAAUGUUCUCUACAUUAAUUGAACAUAAUACAUUAUAAGCCUGAAGGUGUUACUAAAGAUUUUUUUUUAUGUAAGAAACCUGAGUCAAUACUUACUUUUUAUGCUAUGGUAAAAUAUCAUAUACUUAGUGUAAUUCUGAACAAGUCUUAAUAAAAAAAGGGGGAUAUGUUUGUGUUAUGUAUCUAAAUUUUCAACAAGGUGUUUUCAUGCAAGUAGUAAUGUUGAUUAUAUAGUUGCUUGAAGACAGAGCAAUGAAUAAACUUCAAGUUUGUCAUAUAAUGUAGAGUGGGAAAACAUUCUAAAAGUUUGAAUUUUUGUUUUAGAUAAAACAGUUUUGUACAAAUGCCAACUAUAAGAAAAGCCACAGUAUUAAGUCAUAUUGGCACGUUUUGGUUAAAAUCAUAUAAGUGAAGUUUUUAAUUACCUCUGGGACAUUUCUAAAAAUGUCUGUAGUGCAUCAUAGUGCCAAGGAAAGUAUUCCUUGUAACAAGAUAUGCCAUUUUAACGUGAAAGUGACCAAGGAAGAAAUAAGAGAAGGAUUUAAUCUUCCAAGGUACAUAGGAAAAAUUUUCAAAACAACUUUUUAACUGAAAAAUUUAGUGAACCAAAAUUUUAAGAUUUGCCCAAUUGAACAUAGAAUUUUAAGAAUUGAUGAAGCAUAUGCUGAGAUACACUAUAUAUUAUAAUAAUAAUAAUAAUAAUAAUAAAAAUCACGCAUAACAAAUCCAUUAAAAAAUUGUUAUAUGAAUGAUAAAUUUAGCAUAAAUAUAUAUUUUCCCAUGGCUGAAAAAUGUGGUGUACAACCCUGCAACUUUUGUAAGAAAGACAUUGUUUGUAUUGAUUGAAAAAUCUUUCACUUUGAAUUUACAGUUGCAUACUUGAAAUUUGUUUGCUUUAGUUUUUUGUGGGGAUAUUUCUGUCUCUGUAAUCUUUUUUUUUUCUUUAAAAAAAAUCAGUUAUUUUAUCUUCAUUAUUGGUAUUACCGAGUGUGAUUUUCAACCUAGCCUUGAGUUGGUGCUGAGUAUUGAUAUUCUUUAAAAAGAAAGCAAAUAUUAUUGUUACUCAUUUAUUAAAAUAUUUUUCUGAAAUAAUGCUCAACAUUACUGGGCUGUUUAGUUUGAUUUCAAUAAAGCAGAGGGAAUGGUAAGAAGAAAUAGUUCUGAAUGGCUUGUAUCAUAUUUUAUAGUCUGUAAUUUGGGAACCAAAGAUGAUAAAUACAUUUUGUUCAAAUUUUUGUGAUGUUGGUGAAUUUAAAUCAAUAAGCUUAUUGUAUACCCAUACAGAGAGUUUUUACAUUCUAAUAAUUUCAGGUUGUAUGUGUAUAUAUUUGUUUGUUUUUUCAGUUGAAAAGAUGUUUUUUUUUACAAAAUCAAAAACAAAAGCAAGAUCCUUAAAGCUUGGCCAUCCUUUGAAAACUUGUCUUAGUGAUUUUACAAAAUCUUUAAUAAGGUAUACUCUUUCACUUUACUCUUAAAGAAGGUAUUUAAGAAAAUAUUAAUAACUGUAUAUUAUUUCACAACAUUUUUAGCAGACUUUUGUCAGUUUUUGUGAGUGUCCAUUUCUACAUCUUUACACAAAAGUAAGUAAAACACCUCUUCAUUAGGCUGGUUAUCCAUUUUAACAAAUUUAUACAGUUUAUCUAUUAAAUAUUUUUUCAAAUAUUACAAUUUGAUAUUAUCCUGCAAAAUUAUUUUUUUUUUAUAGUUUUGGUUUCAUUUUUAAGAAAUUCAACUUUUUAAAGAUUAUAACUGGGUAGGUGAAUUUUGUCUUUCAUCAUUGGUUUGGUUAUAAGCAUGUGAAUGUAAUUUAUAAAAGAUGAAUAUCAAAAAAGGAAGUGAUUUUGAAGAAAGUAAUAAAGCUAUAAAAAUCAAGUUCAUUGUUCUAAAAUAUUUUGUAUAUGUUUGCCAGUAUUUUUCUUACCAAAUACUUUUAUCUCUAUAUGAAAGAAUAAAAACUGAAUUUUCGUCAGUUUACUAAGCAAUGGCCAGUGAAAGAAAUAUGGGGGGUUAGAAUGAUAACAAUUAUAACUGUAUUUGUUAAUAUUAUAUUAUUAUUAAAAAAUUACCAAGGUUUGUCAGGAAUAACUAAUUGUAUAAAUCAUUAAUGUACCAAUUCAGCAAAAGCAUUAUUUCACCAAGAUUUGUGAUAUUAUAGUAAUGAUUUUGUUCUAGUCAUGGUGUAUUUUUAAAGUUAUAAUUUAACAGUCUUUGAAUAUCUGAUUAAUUGUGCUUUAAAUAUUUUGAUUUUUAUCAAGAAUAAAUGUAUGAUAUUAUGCUACCUUUUAGGUUGAAAAUCAGUUGUGCCACUGCCAGGUUGCAGCACUGUUAACAUUGCUUGUACAAGCACAAAACAAAAAAAUAAAAAAAAUAGAAUUUUGGUCACCUGUCUUCUUUUUCUUAUAUAUGCAUGUAUUUUAUUCAAAAGUUGAUUAGCAACUUAAGGAAUGGAUACAAGGCAUGUUUAAGAAUGUUCAAGCAAUAUGGAAAUACCUGGGCAGCCAUUAACAUGUAAAUACAAGCUACCAAAUCUCUAGGUUCACCUCAAGUUGGAAGAUUAAUUUGUCUAGCAUAUUUGUAAAUGCUCACAUAAUUAAAGGCAGAUGUACAUCA